AUGUUUCGUUACAGAUCGCUUCGUAUUCAGCAAUCGUUUGAAAUGGACUUGGAUAAUCUCUCCGACAACGAACUUCGUCAGCAACUAACUGCUUUGGGGCAGUCUGUCGGACCACUAACACCAUCGACAAGAACGGUGUAUAUAAAAAAGCUGAAGAAUCUGUUGCAAAUGCAAGACGAUGCGCCUGUCAAUCCACCAACGCCACCUUCAAGAAGAAAUCCGAGGAGUUAUGAGGGACGCAAUUGUUCGAUAGCUCUUACAAGCCAAUUACUUGAAUGGCCGUGGACAUUUAAAAGGAAGUGUGUGACAGUAGAUGCACUGAAUGCUGAUUCAGAAUGUGUUAAGUACGUGGAAGACGAUUUUGUGGAUGAAGAUGAGGACGAACCAUUGACACAGCUCCGCGAUGAAAGAAUUAUAUCAGGAUCGCCAAAAGCACGCCGAAAUGAGAGACCUGUAAACGGAUCUCCGAGAGCAGUUCGCAGUGAAAAAGUUCUUUCGGGAUCUCCAAAGGCAAAACCUGUGAACAGAUCACCACAACUGUCAUUUGAUGAUGGUUCCGAUGGAGAGAUGGGCGGACAUGAAUCAGUACGAUAUCUUUCGCCAGAAGAGAUGGAGUUGGAAACGACUUACAACAACAGAAGUUUUGCUGGAUCUCCUGUUGUCCCCACCCCCGGUAACAUAAAAAAGGUAUUGCUUGCUCUAUGCUUGCUAACAAUGGUGGUGUUUGUCUUUUAUCUUUCGGAUCGUGUGCAUCGUCAAACUGCAGAAAAAGAAAUUGAAGAUGAAUUGUAAGUACCUCGACAAGAGUCCCAUCUGAUGUGUCUUUUCAUUCCCGAUGUGGCAGCGAUCUCUUUGCCAACUUAAGUUACAUGUUUUGAAUUUUUGCUUCACAUUAUGAUCUAGAUUGUAAUUUGCUGUUGCAUUUCACCCAUGUGUUCUUUCUCUAUUUUUCAUUGUGAGCUGUGAACGCUCGAGAACUUCUACUGCUGUUGAAUAAAUGAUACGACCCACAG